AUGCAAGCUGCUACUGAACAAAACAAGCACAAAGUCUUUGUUACUGGUGCAUCUGGCAAACUGGGCCAAGCUCUCUGCCAAGACUUGAUGAAAUCUGGUGUCUUUGAAGUCGUCGGAAGCGUCCCUCCUCAAGAAGUCAAGGAAAAAUGCUCCAAACUUGAACAAUGUGGAUGCAAAGUCUGUGAAUGUGAUGCCGCAAAGACUGAAAGUGUUGUCAAAGUGCUCAGAGAAACCAAGCCUAUGCAAAUGGCCAUCAUCGGCACUGCUGAAAGUCAUCAAGCCGAGCACUUGAAGUCAUACAUCGAUGCGGCCAAAGAAGCUGGUGUCGAAUACGUCUUGCUCUUUUCCAGUGCUGGUGCAGACAAGGAUGUCACCAUCUGGGGAAAGCAAUUCCAUGAAAUUGAAGAUUACUUGAAAAGGUCUGUCAAGAACUGGACUAUUGUGAGGUCCAUGUUCCAUGCUGAGAACUUCUUGUUGUAUGCCAAAGAAAUCAAGGAACACAACACCUUGACCAUGCCCACAAAUGACUACUUUGCUCCAGUCUCAGUCUUGGAUGUCGCUUGUGCUGCCACUCACAUCCUCAAAGAUUGCCAAAAGCAUCAUGGCAAGACUUAUGAUAUUACUGGGGUCAAAGCCAAACAUGGUACUGGUUUCGCAAAGGCUGCUUCCAAGGCUCUUGGCAGGAAGAUCGAAUUCAAAAAGAUUUCAAUGGAAGAUGCUCACAAGCUCUUGAUUGAACAUGGAAUGAAGCAUGACAAGGCUGAUUUCCUCAUCUCCUUCUACAAGGCUGUUGAUGAAAACAAGCUCAACUUUGUUUCUCCUGACUGCAGAACAUUGACUGGCACAGAUCCCAUGUCAAUGCGUCAAGUGUUUGAGCACUAUGGUGACAUUCUUGGAAAGAAGAAGGAAGAAUAA